AUGAACGCAACUGAUACAUCAGAUGCAACUUGGACACUGAUCACAUAUCACCGUGGGCUGUCGAACCGAUCCCCUAACAUUGCAGUCUUUUUGGAGUCUCAUGGAACAAAAGCCUCGCAAUCUCAAAGCAAACAGAUUUGUGAAUCUGUCGACGUACAAAGAAUUCAUGUCACUGUCAGCGACCUCUGCUUGCAUAGCGCUGUAUGGAGCCCCUCAAGAAGACUGGAAAUCCUCUGUGUGAACAAUGAAGCGCUCAUGGUCGAUCACAAUACGGACAGCGAAUAG